UCUGCAGAUUGUUGAAAGGGCAUUUCUGCACACGUACUUAAAAGCUAGUUGGAAUUACAAAAAAUUGGUUUGAAUACGGGUGUGAAUAUUGACCAGGCAAUUCGAUUUGAAAAGUCUUUUCUAAGGAUUAACAUUAUAAUUUUUUAGGAUGGUGGGGAUAUUGGAUACCCGAACAUUACUUUUCAUUCUUUCAUUGCUAAUAAACAUCAAGAGUACAAAGGUGUUGUCAGACCAGAAAAAAUGUGGCGAUCCAGAAUGUGAAACAUCAAUUAGCAGAGUACAAGCCAUUAAAGACUAUACAGGGCCUGACUGCCGCUAUUUGAACUUCAAAACUGGAGAAGAGAUAAUGGUAUACUUCAAACUUUCCAGGAAAAGGGAGGAUUUAUGGGCCGGAAGUAAAGGUACAGAUUUUGGAUAUUUCCCUAUGGAUGCUGUCCAGAUUGAAGAUGUUUUAAUCACAAAAGAAGUAGAAGUUCCAACUAAGGAAACUGAUUUCCUUUGUUUUGAUGGAGGAGAAUAUGUCUUUGAAAAUGAAGAAAACAAGCAUAAUAAUCUUGAUGAAGGAAAUGUAUAUAUAUCUUUUCAUAAAGAUGAAAAAGACUCUGAACUGAAAAUGCCUGAAGAUGAAUUCCAGAAACAUAGCAGUAUUGACCCCAUAAAAGAAUAUAAAGAGACUUCUCCUGAGAAAUAUGAACUUGACAGCAAAUCUAAAGGCCUCCAUUCUUUGGAAAUCGAUGCAGAUUCAGAAUUCAAAGACAGCAAAACUGGGCAAGAUGAGACUAAUCAGCUGGAAGAACAAAGCAGUCAAGCUCUGAAAUCAGUCCCUACUCAGUCCACCUGGACUAUUUCUGGCUUUGCCAAUUGGCUUGGUUUGGAAAGUCUAGAAAACAAAGACGCUGCUAGCAUUACCUCCGAAACUACAGAAGAAAUUACAUUCAGACAUAGAAAAAUAACUGUCACAGAGGAUAGUGACUUUGAAAAAUUAAAUGAAGAGGGUAAAAUUGAGCCAAAGACCUCCGGCUGGUUUCAAAGUACAUUGACAGAUCUGCUGUACUAUGGAAGUAAAAAAACAGAACACGGUUUGCUGAACAAAGAAAACGAUCCAGAAAUCUAUGACAGCUCCUCUUUUGCUGGGAACACUGAUGACCACACAUUAUCAGACACUAGACAAGAGGGACACAGAGAUUCUGAGCCUAUUGAUCCUGAGCCAUCUAAAUCAAAUUGGUUCGAUCUAGGACUAAGUGAUGUUUUAACUUUUGGUUACUCUAAGGAAAACAAAGUCAAAGAAGAACUCUCAGGGAGAGAAAAAGCAGAUAAUAAUGAAGAGCCAUCAGCUCCAAGUGCACAAUCAGCUUUGAUGGAUGAACACAGAAGAAGACAAACGGAUGAAACAGGGACUUCUGAAGAACAAAAUAAAGAAAAAUAUAACAAAGAAACAUCAAAGGAAAUACUAGAAUCAGUAUCCAGUGAAGAUGGAAAAGAUGAGCAAACUGAAAAUUCAGAUUUAAAUGAAGCUGCUGAAUCUACCUCCACUGAUCUUGCUGACAAAACUGUGAAUCAGGAAUCAAAACCAGGAAAUCAAGCUAUAGAAUAUAUUAAUACAAAAGCUAUAACAAAAGAGUCAGAAACAACAAGGGACCAGUCAGGUUGGUAUGGAAGUAUUGAUUUAAAACGGGGUACAUCAGAUAAUCAGCCAGGGCCUGAGUCUGUAGAUAUUAUGUGCCAACAGGAAUCAACUGCAGAUAGUUUUCUACCUUCUCAUAGCAUAGGUCAAGAUUUUGAUCCAAUAGGUACCCAAACUAGAAGGGUGGAAAAUCAGGAAGAUCCUCAAAAGCAUCAGUCUUUCUUCUCUAUUAGUUAUUUUACAAACAUACUUAAUUUUCAGGGUUUUAUAGCUAAAGAGAAAAUUGAUGUACCACAUGCAGAAAAGGCACUAAAACCUGAUGAGGAGUGCUUCCAAACUAAAAACGGAGACAAAGUUUUAGACAUAACUAAGGAGGGGAAAGAACAGAUUCUCUUAAACGAUCAUAUUAUUGAAAAUAUAUCACAGAACAGGCAUGUUAGUACAUCUGAGGAAAACAUUUUGAUGUCUUCUUCAACCACACAUAGUAAUGAAGAAAAGAGAAUGAAAACACAGGAUGAUGAAUCAACACAAGAGCAAAUGCCACAUAAUCUGUCAGGAAGGUCUAAAUCCAAAUACAGGUACAGACGUGCCAAUGGUCAGUGCAUACAAUUACAUUGGAAUUGUACUUUGGAGAGUUUGGAAGCACAGGGUUAUUCUAACACAGAAGAUAAACAUUUUGGUCAUAUUCAGGAGGUGAAACAAGCCUCUCUUUUAGAGCUAGGAAAUCUAGUUGAUUCAUCAGAUAAACAGCAUUACACUAAGAAAACCAUUUAUUCCCAUGAAAAAUCUGACCUAAUGAAAGGAGAAGAUGGAGAAACAGCCAUGCUGGAUAAGACUGAACAAGUAAAUAAUUCGCAGUUGCAGAAUUCAGGAAUUUAUCUUGAUAGGAAAUCAAAAGGAGAAACGUUUGACAGAAUGAAUGAUAAAACAGGAAGGAGCCCAGCAAUACAAAAACUAUUUUUUCCCAAGGAUCCAGAAGAAUAUUCAGAUACUUUCACACAAUCAAGGGACUUUCUGACUGAAGAUAUAAUAUUUCUUGCGGUACCAGAUAAUGGUAAAACAGUGAUACAAGAGGGUGAAGAACAAUUUUUAUCAAAAAAUCCCCAAGCAAUGGAAGACAACAAAGUAAAGAAGAUAAGUAGGGGACUAGAUGGCAGCAAUGUUCAGGUAGGUGUUAAUGGACAUUCCUCCAAAGACAACACUGAUUUUAAAGCAAAUAUUUUUUGUAAUACAAAAGUGGAAGAGGACGGAGGUUCUCAGAAUGCUGCUUCAUUGCAAUUUUCUUCCAGCUCUUCUCAAGAUCCAGACUUACUGAAAGUUGCAUAUUCUGAAGAAAAAUCCAAACAAUGUGAAGAGUACCUUAGCUUUGAGAGCUUUACAGACAAGAAUUAUUUACAAAUAACAGAAGAAAAUAAAAACACAAAGGAUGGAAACAAGCUGUCUGAAGAUAGUGUUGAAUUACUACUGAGAAACAAAGACAUUGAAGAAAGGAAACAAUUACAUCAGAAAAAAGAUAAGGAAGCAACUGUGAAGGAAGGUUUUUCUAAGAAAGAUAUUUUGUUACCUUCAUCAGGAGGGCAGAACAGGGACAGUGAAAAUGUAAUAAAAGAUGACCAGUUGUUAAUAGAUAAGCCUCCUACUCAGUCUACAGAAUAUUUGUUGGAGCACACAAUAAAUUCCCUAUUCAGUCAGAAGAAACUCAAGGAAAAAGUAACUCAGGACCAUGAACAUGAAUUUACUAAUACAACAGAUAAUAAGCAAUCUUUUCCAGAGCAGCAACAUGAAACACCGGUGUUAAAAUUUAAUCUACAAAGGUCACAACCAUGCAAGAUUAUUAACAGAAAGUCCAGAUCCAGCAAACAAAAUAAAUGUUCAGUUCCAAAAAUUUUGAAUGAGAAAAGCCAUACACCUGUCAUAGAUUAUACGAGUGUUAUGAAGAGAAUUCAGGUUUCAGACCCACUGUCUUUCUUACAAUUACUUUCAGAAAAAGCUACGGAGAGCCAUAUACAAGACAAUGAUGUUACAAACAUUUAUGAAGAAACAAAACUGGCAGAUGCAGAAAAUCCAGAAAGUGCAUCACCUGCUGCUAUAGAUGAUUUUUUAAUAAACAACUAUUAUCAUGGUGAAAUGAAGAAAAGUGUAAUCACUAUGGAAAGUUUGAAUGAAUUUCCUCAAGAAGAGGCAAAAGAGCAAAUGUGUGUUUCAGAACGUAUGUCAAAAGUUGUUGAGAACAUACAAAGACACAGUGAGCCCAAUGCAGAACAUGAAUCAAACAAACAAACAAAGGAGAAAAAUAUAAACAUUUUAAAUAAGCAAGGAUUAUCACCAGGGGCUACACCACAAGAAGCAUUUCAGAAUGACAGCCAGAUACUGAGUUAUAAUUCUGUCGUUGAUAGUGUAUCAAAGAAUGAGAUUCAAGAUUCACAAGUAGAAACAGUUGGAAUAGGCAAUGAAGAGAAACAUGAUUCCAAAACAACAGAAGAACAAUUUGUUAAGGAUCAAGUUAGAGAUUCAUCAUUAACAGUAAGAGUUACUUAUUAUCACAAUCCAGAAGAACAAAUUAAAUCAUCUUAUCUUAGCCCACAUACUUUGUCUAAUAAAGGUAUAGAUUCAAGUAAAGUGUCUCCAAGUCUAACAUAUAAGAAGAUAUAUGAACAGAAGUUAAAAGGUGAUCAAGAAGUCUCACCUUCCCAACAUAAGUCAUCAGACACUGAAACAAUCUCAUCUUCCCAACUUGAGGUAUCACAUGGAGAAAGUAGCAAUAUAUUGAGUUUAGGUCCUGAGGAAAAGUCUGUAAGUCAGAUUGUUCCUGAUACGAAGAAGCACUUAAUAGUUGAUACAGAAGUGGAGAAAUUUAGAAUUUCAUCUCAGAGCAAUGGGAAUGUAAAUGACAAGAGAGGCAAGGAAGGAGUUAUGAGUGAUAUUUUUAGUAAAACCUCAUGGUUAUUAGGAGGAUUAUUUGAAAACAGGUAUAACAAAGAGUUUACAAAAAAUUCAGAUAGCAGAAAUAUUAUAAUAAACCAGAUCAGUACAGACAGGCAUGAGGUUGAUACAGUAGGAAGUGAUUUUGAGCAAGACAAACACGAAGUUCAGAGCACAGAAGCUAUCAGUGAUUUAGAGAACUUUACAAUAAUGGAACAGAGGUCAGGAGUCCAAAUACACAGCACUCAGGAAAAAUCUGCCACCACAGACUUCAGAAAUGACAACAACCAAAAAGAUGUUACAUCUGCUAUUCAAGAGGCAGAGCUUGGUUUCCAGGAAACUGCUAAAAAUGGUAAAUUGAUAAUUGAUACAGAGUUGGGCCUGAAAGAAACCAGCUUUGUCACUGAUUUCCAUGAAUUGUAUUCAAAACUAACUGAGGAAUCAAAAAGGAUAAAUCAAGCACCUAAGUGUGAAAGGCACCAGCUGCAGCAAAUGGAGCAAGAAUUGGAAAAACUACAUCGUGGCAUCACCACUUUUCCCUGUGAAGGUAUUUAUAGAGAAAGGAGGCAAACUGCCACUUCAGUGGAACAUGAGCAUAAAUUAAACACUGGACAUGAGGAGUGUUUGAAAAAGAAAACAUAUUUACUUCUCAAGCUACAAAGUCUUGUGAUGGACAUCAGAAACAAGUGUGGAGAUCAAAAUGCAGAAUCAGAUAAGAAACUUAACAACGGUGAAAAUUUGAAAGAAAAACAUAUUCCUCCAGAAAAUACAGAAAAGAAAAUACAUACUUCAGUAAAAAAUGACCAACAUCAGCUGAAUUUAAAGGAAAAAUUACUGGAAGAAAAACUACUAACUCAAAACAAUGUUCUUAUUAAAGAAGCAGAAAGGGAAUGGCUAUUUCAGAUUAUCCUGUAUUUAAAUGACUUGUGUGCCUUUAUAGCAUCUGGAUUUUCAGUUAUGAUAUCUCUUAGGAAAAAGGUUAUUGCAGCAUUACCUGAAGACAUGAGACCUGGUCCAGAUCUCUAUGGCUUUCCUUGGGAAAUUGUGAUUUGCUGUGCUCUUAUUUCCAUUUUUAUCAUCUUAUUCCUAACAUGCAGGAGCUAUCAGUCAGUUCGAAGUAGAUUUUAUGCAGGAAGAGAGAAACAACUUGCCAAUAAAGUUGCUGAACUAGUUGAAGACAAAAGUAAAGUGUUGGAAAAGUUCAGUCUCUGCAAAAAAGAGUAUGAAGAGUUAGAAAGCACCCUGGAAGAUGCCAGCCUUCUACAAGGGUCUACCGUUACAUCAGACCUUAAGACAACAUGUGAAGAACUGAGUAGUUCAAACUCUGUGCUGAAGAAUGAAAUACAAUACUUAGAAAAGGAACUGAAAGAAGAGAAAUCUAAAAGAUUAGAACAGGAUGAUUUGAUGGCUGAAAUUCAAAGAAGAGUGGACACUUUAGAAAAUGAAGCAAAAUCUGUCCAGUUGCAAAUAGCUGAAGCCAAAACCACACUGAAAGUAUAUGAGAUCAACAGAGAGAGGCUGAAGACAUUUGUGGAAGAUGCAAUAGAAGAAAACAAACACCUUCAUGAAAGUGAAAAACAGCUAUUACAGGAAGCUGAAGGAUGGGGUGAACGAUUUAGUGAAUUAAAUGAACAAGCAAAAAUGUUUGAAUGUUCUAAAGCGGAUAUGGAGGAAGCUCUUAAAAACAAGGAAAGUCAAGUCAAGUCACUGACUGAAUGCUUGUUGAAGAUGAAGGACUGGAGUGGCGCAAUAGGAGAGAAUGAUGUUGCUGAAGACAGCCAUUGGGAGAAUAUUAAAAGUGAAACUGAAAAUGGAGAGCAUUUAGAUGAGCAGGAAAAACGAACUGUGAGGAAGUUGAUUUAUGCUGCAAAGUUAAAUGCUUGUCUAAAAUCCAUGGAAACAGAAAGAAAUCAAGUAUAUUCAAAACUAAGUGAUGAAAAGAAAGCAAAAGAGGAACUUUCGGAACGCAUUGAAAGUCUACAAAAGGAACAUGUUCUUUUGCAGUCUGAAAAUAGAGACUUUGAAAAUGAAUUUCAGAAGCUUCAGCAGAAGCUUAAAGUCAUGACAGAGCUGUAUCAAGAAAAUGAAAUGAACCUUCACAGGAAAUUGACUGUAGAAGAAAAAGAGCGUUUGCAGAAAGAAGAAAAGCUUUCCAAGGUUGACGAGAAGAUCAUUCAUGCUGCUGAAGAACUGACUACUUAUCGACAGCGGGCAAAAGAUCUAGAAGAAGAACUGGAAAGAACAGUUCGCUCUUAUGAGAAUCAGGAUUUCAGUUUCAUGAUGUGA